AUGCUCACUCCCCCCCAAGAAAUUUUCAACAAAGCUUCGGACACCUUGGCCUACUACGCCGUUCUCAGCAGUGGUGCGAAGUUUGAACUUGAACCUACCCCGAAAGUGUCUUUUGUGAUACACGACAGAGGAAAUAUCCUUUCCUCGGUACUGCCUGUGUGCUCUGCACGACCGGACACUGCCCCCUUUGUUUCAUCCGCGGAAGAUGUAGGCUUCCAGAAGGACGUCUGUGAAGACAUGGCAGUGAUCGAGAUUUUGGCGAACCUCACGAUACGAGGCUCGCACACUUAUCUCGUCUCGGAGGAGUAA